AUGAUUUUCGUUUUUGCAAUCGUUUUUCAUGCUCUAAGUCUAAAGCAAUUUGCACAAGCAAUUACAAGGAUUGAUCCUUUAGUGGAUACUAAAGUUGGUUUAAUUAGAGGUUUAACAUCCGAGGAUGGAAGUUAUUCUAUGUUUAUGGGUAUACCAUAUGCGAACGUGAACUAUAGCAAUCCGUUUGGUGAUGCUAUUCCACAUACGAAAUUUCAAGACACCUUCGAAGCCUACGACGAUGGAGCUAUAUGUCCUCAAUUAUACAUGUUCAAUGAAACUGUACUUGGAAAUCUGGACUGCCUGCAUCUCAACAUCUAUGUACCAUCAACAGCCACAUCAAAAAAUCCAUUACCUAUCAUGGUUUGGAUCCACGGGGGAUCUUUCAGAAGAGGAUUUGCUGGUAGAUACAUGUAUGAUCCGAAAUUUCUUGUGAAGCAUAACGUGAUUUCUGUAAACAUCAAUUACAGAUUGGGUCCUUAUGGAUUUAUGUGUCUGGAUCAUCCUAGUGUUCCCGGGAAUCAGGGUCUGAAAGAUCAAACGUUAGCUUUAAGAUGGAUAAAAGAUAAUAUUGAAGCUUUUGGUGGGGACCCCAAUGAAAUUACAGUAUUCGGUGAAAGUGCUGGAGGCCAUUCUGUAGAUUUUCAUUUGCUGUCCAACAAUGAAGUGUUAUUCCAUCGUGCUAUUAUACAAAGUGGUAGUGCUGAAGCUGGGACGGUACUAAUAGAACCUAAUAUAGAAGCUCCAAUUAAAUUAGCAGAUUACCUUGGUUAUCAAACAUCUGAAAUAGAAGAAGCUUUAAAUUUCCUCAUUACUGCUGAUACAGACUUAGUUAUUGGGGCUGCUUUAGACCUUAACAUUAUGUUCAAGCCAUGUACCGAAAAUGAAUUUGAUGGUGUUAAUGCCUUUAUUACAAAACAUUGGGUCAACACUGAAGUGCCUAAAGUAAGAAAAAUGCCAGUGCUAAUAGGUUUUAAUGAAAAUGAAUUAUUAAUUAAUCAUGUAAACAAAGGCAAUGAGCACUUCACAACAUUGGACAUUUUUAGGACUUACUUGGAACAAACAUUCACAUUUACGAACGAAGAACUAGAGGACAUGUCACAAUUAGUGCAAAACUUUUAUUUAGGAGACAAUCCUAUUAGUGAAGAUGAGAAAUGGAAUGUCAUAUAUUAUGACUCUGAUUUCACUUACAUACAUCCUAUACAGAGGACAAUUAACAAAUUCUUGAAAAAUGGAGUAGGUGAUAUUUUCUAUUACAUGUUUGCCUAUGACGGUGGAAGAAACGCUUUUAAAAUAGCUAAUGGCAUAAAUGCUACAGGUGUCUCACAUGCUGACGAACUGGGAUAUUUAUUUAAUAUGAACUAUGUUACAGGGGAAAUAACCCCUGAGGAUAAAACCAUGAUUGAUAGAAUGACUACAAUGUGGACUAAUUUCGCAAAAUAUGGCAACCCAACUCCAGAAACUUCAGAGCUGCUACCAAUAAAAUGGGAACCUGUUACAAAACAAAAAUUUAACUACCUAAAAAUAGACGCAGAGUUAAGUCUUGGGAACAGACCGCUGAAUCACAGAAUGGCGUUUUGGGAUAUGUUCUAUAAAAUGAAUGAGGAAAAGCAGGCCUAUUUAGAAAAUAGCUCGACGUGA